UUUUUUUUUUUACUUUUCUUACAACCGACUCACUUAUUUUACUUAUUUUUCAAUAAUAAUAAUAAUAAUAAUAUCAACAAACAAUAUGGUCGGUGGUUCAGAACAACAAGCCAAAGACCUUAUCGCUCAAGCACAAAAGAAACUAAAUUCUUGGUCUUUUUUUGGUCCAUCCAACAAAUAUGAAGAUGCAGCAGAAAUCUAUGAAAAGGCUGGCAACAUGUUCAAGCUAGCUCAACAAUGGACACAGGCAGGUGAUGCUUUCACCGAAGCCGCCAAAUUAUACCAACGUGGUGGAAGUGCAAAGUUUGAAGGUUCAAGAGCAUAUGAAAGUGCAGCGAAAUGUUACAAACGUCAAGAUCCUGCAGGUGCAGUACAGGCCCUGAAAGAAGCUAUUGCUCUUGAUCAAGAUGGAGGUAAUUUCCGUGCAGCAGCUCGACAUUAUCAAGAAGUGGCGGAAUUAUAUGAAGGUGAACUGGAUAAUGCAAAAGGUGCUUAUGAAGCUUAUGGUCAAGCAUCGGAUUUGUUUUUGGCUGAUGAUUCUCCAGCUUUGGCCAAUAAAUGUAUGCUCAAGGUAGCUCAAAUCGCGGCAGAAUUGGAAAUGUAUGAAGUCGCCAUUGAAAAGUUUGAACGAGUGGCUGCAGCCUCAGUAGAUGAUGCUUUAUUGAAAUGGUCUUUGAAGGAAUACUUUUUGAAGGCUGGGUUAUGUCAUUUGUGUACUGGGGAUAUGGUUAGAACACAUCAAGCUCUGAAUAGUUAUUGCAGUAUGGAUAUGUCUUUUGAAACCACUAGGGAAUACACAUUACUCAAGGGUGUAGCAGAAAGUGUGGACAAUGGUGAUGUGGAUCAAUUUACUCAUGUGGUGAAAGAUUAUGACAAGUUGACUCGAUUGGAUAGCUGGAAAACGGCCAUUUUAUUGAAAAUCAAAAAGACUGUUGACUCGGAUGAUCUUCGCUGAAAUAGCUCGUUUAGCUAUUCUAUUUAUUAGACUAGUCGUUUUAUUACUCUUUUUUUUUUUUAAGUUUAUCAUUUCUAUUAUAUUAUAUAAAUAUAUCUUUAAAUCUCUCUUU